UGUCUUCCCGAUACCACGUCCUAAGACCAUCUAAAAAUCGAUCUUUUGACCUAAAUCCACUCCCAAAAUCUUUCCUAAAAUCCCGAAAAAAGAGAAGGGAAAAAGGUCCAAAUCCCAUAAAGAAACGAGUACAAUCUUGCUCUGAAAUAUCUUUCACGUCCACGAAAAAUAAAGCAACCAAUAGGAUCUGCAUAAACUCCUGAAACUUCAGGCAAUGAUAAAAGAGCUUUGAGCUAAAAAUCUUGCUUCUUAUUCAAUGGCAACCUCUCAAAAAGGCAAGUUUUUUACACUUCAUUUGCUUUUAUUACUUUACUUAUGUUGUAUUAUGCGGGUUCUUGCGAAAUCAAAUUCAGCAGAAAUUGUAACUGAUACUGAAAAUGAGCAUGUUAUUGAACAUAAACCUGAGGUUAGUGAUGCUUUAGAUGUACUGAAACGGCAGGAAAUUCAACUGGAAAAGAUGGAAGAGCUAGUGAAAAGUUUCACUGAACUGUUAUCUAGAUUAGAAUCAAAGUUAUCAGAUUGCUCAAAAGUUAAAUAUCCCAUUGAUAGAAAGCAAGAUACUGUGCAAGAAUAUGGUGAGGUUGAUGGAGAUGGGAGUGUUGAGAAGAUUCUAGAUGGAAAGUUAGACAGUAGUGUUAAAAAUGGAGAUAGUGUAGGGGUGGUGUCGGUUACGAAGUUUAGUCCUUUUUGGUCUGAGAAAUUUCAAUUUGUGUCAGCUGUGAAAGUUGGAUCAAAUCCCACUUGUAUUAAUGUGUUGCCAUACCGAGAUUUUGAGGGGUUCAGUAAGUAUGUUCUGGUUGGAGAUGAUUCGGGUAGAGUGUAUGCUUUAGCAAGAAAUGGAGAUGUUUUAUGUCAGUUUGACACGUUGUCCAGAUCGCCUACUACUGCUAUGGUAUCCUACAUGUCGGUUUAUAAGAAUGAGAGCAUAGUUGUCACAGGGCACGAGGAUGGUGCCAUUUUGAUGCAUCGGGUUUGGGAAGAUUCAACUGGGGAUGAAUGGAACUCACUUCGGAUGGAUGUUAUUGUGAAGUUUGACGUUCCUCAAGCUGGUGAUAGUGUUUCACCAGUCACUAUCUUGGAAGUGCAUCAUGUUGGGCGGAAGAGGUAUAUUUUGUCUACAGAUUUGAGGGGCAAGAUCAGGGUGUUCAGGGAUAAUGGGACAGUUUACGGCUUGGCUUCACCAUCAAGCAGGCCACUGGCAUUCUUGAAGCAGAGACUUCUCUUUUUAACAGAAACUGGUGCUGGGUCAUUAGAUUUAAGGACCAUGAAGAUUAGAGAAUCUUUCUGUGAAGGUUUGAACGUUUCUGUGGUGAGACGCUAUGUUUUUGAUGCCACAGAGAGGUCAAAAGCAUACGGUUUUACUUCAGAAGGUGAUCUGAUCCAUGUACUGUUGCUCGGUGACAUAAUGAACUUCAAAUGCAGGGUUAGAUCCAAGAGGAAGUUUGAUAUGGGAGAGCCUCUAACAUUUCAAGCAAUCAAAGGGUACUUGCUUAUUGGUGAUGCGGAGAAGAUCUAUGUGUAUAAUGUGUCUUCCCAGCAUUAUGUUAGGGCUGGCGGACCAAAACUUCUGUUCUCUGCAAGCUUUGAUGGGAUUGUAGCAUCAUUUCUGAACCAACAGCAAAGAAAAAUAGAUGACAAAAAAGGGUUUGUGAGACCAGUAGUAGCAAGUAACAAUGAAAGACUAGUUGUUCUCAGUCUUGGAAGCGGCUAUGUGGCGAUGUAUCAUUCCAACCUUCCAGUUUUCAGAAGCGAGUUCAAUACGAUGCAAUGGACGAGUCCUGUUCUGUUUUUUAUUCUUUUCCUUUUUGGAGCAUGGCAUUUCUUUGCCCACAAGAAGGAAUCUCUUACCUCUUGGGGGCCAGAUGAUCCUUUCAGUUCCACGUCAGUGACAACCGGAGCUCCAUUGGGAUCUGGCUCAGGCGAUAGAUCAUUCACUGAUUCUUCGAGGAAUGCUGAUAUGGUUGAUUCGAGGGGUAAUGGUAUACGAGACACAUCAAGAAGAUAUGCCUCUCCUUCCCAAUAUCCUGGAGGAUCAGUUAAUUCUUACAGGCGUGGUGGUGGAACAGAUCCGAAUUCCAUAUCUUCUGCUGUUGAACCAAAUUUUAGAACAAACCAAGAACUGAAAUAUAGAGGAUCAAAUCCAGAAAGCACAGGCUUUCCUAAAAGAAGAGAGAGCUUAUUUGUAAACAGUCAAGCUGUGGAUGAAAACAAUUAAGCUGCAAAAUCAACUGCAUUCUGCACUGGCAAUCGUUGUAUCAUUAAUUUAUGAUGAAAAAGGAAUAACUGUUGGCUGCUGUGUCCAAAAACGUUGAAUCAAAGAAUGAAUGUAGCUUGAUUUUCCGCUUGAA